CACCGCGCUUUUAUCCCCAACCUUGUGGUGAUGGACGCUGGUGAGGAGGUAGGCGUAGUCCCCGGCGAGCCGCAGCCUCGCCCUGGCGUCGGCCUCCGUGCCGGCGGGGGCGCAGAACUCGGCGGCAACGAAGUCCCGGAAGUGCUGCUUGGAGGCGCCCCCGCCGACGUGCUUCUGCACCGCCUUGAGCACCCGCCGGUACACCGGCGCCGUGGCCGCCAUCGGUCAGCUUGGGCAGGACAGGAGGCGGCGAAGCGAGUGGUGUUGGUGUUUCCGAAGGGGGUGUCUAUUCCUCGUACUAUGCGAGAUUAGACCAACCCAUCGCAGAGGCGAGCACCCCCGGCUGCCCCCGCCGUCGACCACCUCCCCGGCUCCAAUUAGCAAUGAGGCCCACACAUUCCUCUCCCUCCCAUUCAUUCCGCUCCACCCUCUCAAAAAAAAAAUCAUUCCGCUCCAGCAUCCAGACUUGUGAGAUCCUUCGAUCACGGCGGCCAUGGCGAACACCGCCCAUCUCCCCGCCUCCUCGUGCAGUCUGGCCACCGGCAGCAGCACCACCACCAGGAGCAGGAGGGUAACCAUGGCCGCCGUUGGAUGCGCUCCCGGCGGCAGCAACACCCACCGGAGGAGUGUGGGCCUUUUCCUUUGCCGCUCCUCCUCCACGGCCGGAGCUCAAGGGGGCAGGAGGAUGGAGGAUUACAACACCGCCAUGAAGCGGAUGAUGCGCAACCCCUACGAGUACCACCACGAUCUUGGUAUGAAUUAUGCUGUCCUCAGUGAUAGCCUAAUUGUUGGGUCACAACCUCAAACUCCUGGAGAUAUCGAUCAUUUGAAAAAUGAAGAGAAUGUUGCCUACAUUCUUUGUUUGCAGCAGGACAAGGACAUCGAAUACUGGGGUAUUGAUUUCCCAGCUAUUCGCAGCAGGUGCAAAGAACUUGGAAUUCAGCAUAUCAGAAGACCGGCAGUUGACUUUGACCCAGAUUCCUUGAGGUCACAAUUGCCAAAGGCAGUUUCUGCAUUAGAAUGGGCUAUAUCACAGUGCAAAGGGCGGGUUUAUGCCCAUUGCACUGCUGGACUUGGGAGGGCUCCGGCAGUUGCAAUAGCUUACAUGUUUUGGUUCGAGGAUAUGGAUCUUAACACAGCCUACGAAAAGCUGACCUCCAUAAGGCCCUGUGGACCCAAUAAGAGAGCUAUUCGUGCUGCCACCUAUGAUCUAGCUAAGAAGGAUGAUCCAUGGAAAGAGCCUUUUGAGAAUCUACCAGAGAAUGCUUUCGAGGGCAUUGCGGACUGGGAGAAGAAGAUAAUUCAUGAUCGGAUACAUGCUCUUCGAGAAGCAUGAGUGAAAAAGGAAAUCUUGACAAUAGCCUCUUUCAGGUGUGUGUUUGCACAUGCUGUAUUACAAUCUAUUGCCCCCCCCCCCCUCUCAGGGUAGGAAAAUAGUGUACGCGUAUGAUGAGAGGUGUGAUGCAGCUACUAUCAAAAUAAAUCAUAUGCAUGUCCUUAUUCAUCAGUUGACUGUUGGUACUACAAAGAAAUAAUAAGGAGGCGCUCAUAUUUAGUCAUCAGCCAUCACAUGAGAUUUGUUGCAAGGCACUGCACAUUUGUGGUGAGAAGGCUUGGCGUUUUGUAGAAAGAACCCCAACUAUCUGCUUUAUUCUAAAAUGAAAGAACGUGAUAAUUUGAUUCACUGUUAUGAUCGCUGUGGAUUACAGCGAAGGUGUGGA